AUGUCUCAUGAUGCAGAUACUGCUUCUCGCUGGCCGGACAUACAAAAUUAUGCCAGAAGAAUGAUAAGGACCCUGACUAGGUCCGAGAGGGAGGCUAUGCCGGGUGUUAGCCAGAUCAACCUUGACCGGAUCACCUCAUUGCUGGCUGAGGCGAUGCUAAGGGUGGAUGGGUUAAAAGCCCCCUUGCGGAAGAAGAAAGAGGAGGUAAGGGAUGCCCAGAAACGGGCAACCGAUUUAAUUGAUGUAUGUCAGUACAACUCCCUAAUGCUUGAAAUCCACACUAAAGCCCGGGAGAUGAAACAGGAGGAACUCAUCCAGCAGCUGACGACUGCUGCUGACACUGCCAACAAGACGGCUGCUGACCGUCAACUCCAAAUCGACCAACUCAAAACCGACAUCCAAGCUCUGAAGGAUGCGGUGAAGGAGAAGACUGGGUUAAAGGAGGAGGUCACCCGGCUGCAGGGGGAACUAGACAAAACCAAAAAUGAUUUGGUUAAGUCCAAGAAAGACGCUCUGGACCAGCUGGCGGCUGAGCAGACCCGGCUGGUGAAUGAGAACGAGCGUGACUGUGAAGCACGCAUGAAGAUGGCGUGGUCCAUGAUCCAUCCGGAGACCGACUACGCCUUCUUUGACUUGAGGUACAAAUACGCAACUGAAGUAUUUGAUGCUCAAGUUCUCGGGCUUCAGCAACCGGCGUCGUUUGAGGAGUGGGCCGGCUUAGGGGAGGAGCAGACGGAGGGUGAGGUGCCGGGUGAUGGAACCCAGACCCAAGAUGCCCCUAAUGUUGGUCAAGGCCAGCAGCUGGAGCAGCAGCAACGGCAAACCCAGCAACAGCAACAACAGUAG